ACGCCACGUGACCACAGACGGAUUCGUCUGUUCCACUGUUCUGGUUCGGAGCUGAAGAUCCCCAAAUUUCCUCCUCGAUUUGCGGAGUCUUGAAGUAGCCAUGGCGGUGGGCCUGUUCAGUGCUGUGGUGUUUGUUGUCUGUGUGACUCUGGCUCCUCUCGCGUUCGCAGGAGACCGUGACUGUCAGUCCUACAUAGAUCUGAGUAAUGUUUAUCAUCCAUCACAAUCAUGCAGGAUUGGAUUUUGCUGUGGAACCUGCAAGAACAGAUACUGCUGUCAAGACAGUUUCUGGCGACUUUCUGAGGAUAAACAGGAUUUAUGUGAGAGUAGUUAUAUUGUAUCACCAUUACCAAUGGUGUUUGGGAUCGGUGCAGUUGUCGUCAUCGUUCUCAUUUUCAUCUGCUGCUGUGUCUGCCCUUGCUGCUGCUUAUACAAGAUGUGUCGCAAGCCUCAACCUGUGGUAGCUACCACCACCCACACCACAGUGGUGACCACGAAUCCUCAGCAGUACCCCCGGCAGCCACCUGUAGCAACAGGGCCGCCUCAGGCCUACCAGGGGCCCCAGUACCCAAACUACCAGCCUAUACCAGUCCAGCCAGGGUAUGGAAACCACCCAGUGCCUCAGGGGUAUGGGACUAACCACAUGCCCACACCAGCCUUCCAUGGGCAACCUUACACAGCAGGACCACCACCAACGUACCAGGAAGCCACUGGUCCUGCAUUCCAUCCCACACCGAUGCCUUACAGCCAGGCUGCGUUCACCCCGGGUCAGCCAGCGUACUCUCCACAGUUUCCUGUCCAGGCCAACGCACCACCAGCCCCUCCACACACAGACUAUCUUGCCCAGCCGGCAUACAACCCGAAUUAUGUUUCGCCACCACCCAAAGCUGAAUAAUGGACAGCGCCGCUUCAUUCUCAGUCAUCUUCAUGUGUGCUGCAACAUUUACAUUUUAGAACUUGGCAAAAUUGGAAAUGUGCGUGCUUUGAUUGACAGGUCAUUGGUUACAACAUGUGUAGUUAUGGUUGUGCAUCUGCUGGUUGUAUUGCAUGGAUGUAUGAUAAACACAUUUGACUUAAAAAUAAAUUUUAUAUAUAUAUAUAUAUAUAUAUAUAAUGCGUGUGUGUAUUGAUAGGGAUUCUAUUUAUCAUCUUAGUCAAUAACACAGAAUGCAGAUGAGUCCAAUCAUAAGGUGACAUACACCUAUAAAAUGUGUCGCCUCUCCUUAUGGCUACGGUUUGAACCAGUCUGAGACGACCUGACUUGGGUAUCAAACCUGGGCUGAACACCACUGGUGUCUGUGGUCAUGAUGUCAUUGUUUUGUGGUGUGGAGUUUAUUUUCCUGCAGGUUAUGUUCUUUUGUCCAUUGCGUUUUAAUGCAGUACGCGCACUGCCUGGGAACGAAUCGAGCGCCAUAUGUGAUACUUCUCAUCAAAGAAUUAGUGACCAUUAUAUGCAAGUGGUUGUCAGUGGAUCUGCUCUAUAUUUAACAAGUAAUCAGAGCACAUACAGAAGUGUGCGUGCACCUCUGUUUGCCAUGUCAUUUUGAGAUGCCUGUUUUAGAAAUAAACAACAAAAAUGGAAUGUUUAUGUUCUGCUGCUACAUGUCCGAGUCAUCUCUACAAAAUAAGCCAUCUAUAGAGAAUGUUCACAUUACGUACAAAGUUCCCGUGUCUCCGAGUUACAACACCAGUGUUGAACAGAAGAGCCAAAGGAAAACUGAAAAUUCACAUCGAGUCUAUAAAAAAAUAAUUAAAAAAACGGUGUACACAGUAUAUACAAAAUGCAAGAAACGUUUGUGCCUUUUGCAGUAUUUAUCAAACAUGUGGCUAUGCGGUUUAGAAGAUUUUAAAUCUAAGUUUCUAUUUAUUGAUUAGCCUUUGGUCUGUCUGUUAUCUUUCAGUUGAAGACUUUGUCUUACCUUCAAGUUAGUUUUCUUUUUUUUCCCUAAACUUCAGCAGCCUGUUACCGUGAUGUGCUGGGUUCAGCACUGCUGUAAUCAAACUCCUUGCAGCUGUAAUGUGCAUAUUGAGAGUUCUCACCCCCUGAAUGAACAGUGUUUAAGACAUUCCUGUAUUUGUUUUUUCCUCCUUUUCUUUCUUUAGCGGGGGCGGGAUCUGACUAAAUACAAAAUUUUGUUGCCUUGCUUUCUUCAUUGCUGUCCUUUUUCUUUGAUUGCACAUAUACAAUCUUUUUCAGUCAUAAUAUUUGAAAUGCAAAGAUGUCAGCACAUUUCUUUUGGCCUUUGAAGGAAACGGUAGCUAACAUGUUCCAUGUUGGUGUGUACUUCUGUGAGUAUUGUUUUACCUGCUGAUGGUUCAUUUGAAAAGAUCAUGUGCCAGAGGAUCGAAGUUUUUAUAAGCCUCAGUACCUAUCUGUGAAUGAGCCCAGAGUACUCAUUUUAUUUUAUUUAGCAGUUGCUGAGGAAUUUUACAUAAAUGUUUGUCACCAUUGUUAUGAAUUUAGUUUUUUGUUUUUUUGUUUUUUUUUUGCUGCUUGUACUCUGAUUUCUUUGAUCUGUCUGUGUUGGUUGGUUAAGGUCAGUGUUUUUAUUAUUCAUGUAAGGUUUACCAGAAGAGAUUUAUUCUUGUUCCAUCUGCAUCGUCAUUUAAGACCUACCUUUGAUGAUAAUUUAUGUGUACGAAGUGGGUUUUUGUGUUUAAUUUGUUUUCCUUGUUUCAUUAAAAACAAAAAAUAAAAUAAUGUUCAAUAAAGACUUUUUCCUGCAA